UUAAGGUGACUUCCCUUACGUCCUCACUUGUCAAAGACGCGCCGGUUUCAUCAGGUGGAAGUCCAAGAGUAUUGACAGAUUAAUCCGUCAUGAGCAGGCCAAAAGUUCUAGUUACCCGACCCGGUGUUCCUCAGGAGGGAAUUGAUAUGCUCAAAGCAAAAUGUGAUGUGGAAAUAUAUGAUCAAGAUAAACCAAUAGAGCGAGAUGCUCUUUUGAAGGGUAUAAAGGGUAAAGAUGCCCUUUUUUGCCUUCUCACUGAUCCCAUUGACAAAGAAGUAAUCGAAGCUGCAGGACCUCAGCUUAAAGCGAUUGCUACCAUGUCUGUUGGUUUCGAUCACAUCGAUACUAAAGAAUGCAAAGCCAGAAAUAUUCCAGUAAGUAACACUCCAGACGUCUCAACAGAUUCCGUUGCCGAAAUGACAGUGACCCUAUUAUUGGCCGCUGGACGAAGAUUAAUGGAUGCGGCUUCAGCCAUCAAAAAGGGUGAAUGGGUUUAUUCUUGGAGUCCUCUGUGGCUUUGCGGACAAGGCUUAACGAAUGCAACCGUUGGUAUUGUUGGAAUGGGACGAAUUGGGCAAGGAGUUAUGAAACGUCUGUUACCUUUUGGAAUUGCAAAAGUUCUUUACUUUGAUGUAUUCCAUCCAAUCAAGCCUGCCGAGGAUAUGGGUGCUCAAUAUGUAGAAUUUGAAGAGUUAGUGAAACAAAGCGACUUUAUCGUUGCAAUGUGCAAUCUCUCCGAGCAAACGAAAGAUCUUUUCAAUGCUAAGGCCUUCAAUCUCAUGAAACCUACAGCAGUAUUUGUAAAUACGAGUAGAGGAGGAGUUGUAAAUCAGGAAGAUUUGUUUGAUGCUCUUAAAAAUAAGAAGAUAAGAGCAGCUGGAUUAGACGUAAUGGUUCCAGAACCAUUACCAAAAGACCAUCCUCUAACAACGUUGGACAAUAUUAUACUUACUCCUCACGUUGGAAGCGCUGAAGUAUCUGUGCGAGUACAGAUGGCUAAACUAGCAGCUGAAAACAUCUUGUCUGUUCUUGAUGGAAAACCUAUGGUUUCACCAGUGCCUCUUGGUUAAAAAAAAACUGAAAAAACUCCAUUCUAUGUUUUGUUUGACUGCUUUUUCUUUGUGUAUCUUGCAUCUGUGCCCUUGCCAAAGUAUCUUUUUUUCUUCUUUACGUUUGCCUACUUACAAUUUAUUUUAUUUUAAACUCCAUUCUAUGUGAUAAAAAGAAACUUUUUCUAGUCAUGCCACUUUAUGAUAUGCCUAUUUGAAAUGAAGUAUUUUGUCUGCCACUAAAAUAGGCAGAGGAGAAGUAUUUUCUGACAUACCUACUCUUAAAAUUCCUAUUCAGUAUUUUUUAUAAAAAUAAAAACUGUAAAUGUUUAUUUUCAAAAACUCAUCCCACCUUUUAUGUGUCCAAUCCAAAGUGUCAUAUUUCAAACAUCGUGGAAUCGGUUACAUCUAACAUGUGUUGGUGCUAUAAAUUAUAUAUCUGUAGCUCCUGUGUUGUAGAUUGAUGUUUGCUUAAUCAAAGCAGUAUUUAUUGAAAUAUUCCAUAUUCUAAUUAUCUAUAUUAAUAUAAAUUUAUUGUGUAGUGUUCAGAACAAAAUCAUAUACUUCAGAAAUCAUUUUUGUAAUUGUUUUUGAGAGUUGACUUUAGGAUUGUUAAAUGUUUUAUUAACGUUGCAUUUAUAAUCAUGUAACUUCAUCGAAUGUCUCGCCAAUGCCUUUUUUUAAUUUCUGCCUCAUGCAGGCUUUUUAUCUGCCUAUCUUAAAAGUAUAUUUCUUCGAAUAAAUAUAUUCCUUUCCUA